UUCUUGACCCCAGCAAACAUGGCUACACCUACAGAUUCCUCUAUUAUUCCUAUUGAUGAUCUUUCUGGCUCAGAUUGCAAGUAUUCUCAGGAAGAGAAGGAAGCUAGGUGUAAGCUGGCAUCAGUUUAUCGCUUAGUUGACAUGAAUAACUGGACGCAGGGGAUUUAUAAUCAUAUUUCACUCAGAGCUCCAGGAAAAGAUGAUCACUUCCUCCUCAAUCCAUUCGGACUCUUUUACUCUGAAGUAACUGCAGCUAGUCUAGUGAAGGUUGAUCUAGACGGUAAAGUAGUCGAUCCUGGAACUACUGACCUUGGUGUACCACAUACUGGCUUUGUUAUACAUUCGGCGAUUCAUUCAGCAAGGAAGGAUAUCAAGUGUAUCAUUCAUGUACAUACAGGAGUAGGGAUUGCAGUUGGUGCCAUGAAAUGUGGACUGCUCCCUCUUUCACUGGAGGCUGCUGCUCCUAGUAUUGGUGAAGUGUCAUAUCACGAUUGUCAAGGGAUCUCUGUCGACAGUAAAGAAAGAGAAGAUCUUGCUGCUGAUCUUGGUCCCGUGAACAAUAUCAUGAUCCUACGUAAUCACGGACUCUUGGCAAUGGGGGCCACCAUUGAGCAGGCAUGGGAUAGGAUGGAGACUCUAAUGCUUGCCUGUGAAUCACAGGUGAAGGCAAUGAGUGCUGGCAUUGGUAAUUUGAUUUUACUCAGUGAUGAAGUAGUUGAGAAAACUCGAAAGGUGACUGAUGAAGAGGUAGGGAUGGUUGUAACUGAGCCUGGACUGAUGAGCUUUGAGGCUAAUAUGAGGCUACUGGAUAGAAAGGGUUAUAAAACUGGAUAUCAAUAUAAACUCUCAAAAUAUAUUAAGAGACAAUAAAUCAUAACUUUUUCAAUAAUAAUUAAUUAUAAAAACAAUUAUUACAAGAAGCAGCAUUACUAGUUAUGCAAUAUAAAUUUCCUAAAAA